AUGUCGAAACCGUUCUCGUUUGGUGGUGCCUCGGCUUCCACAAGGCCUGCAUCUGGAAGUGAAGGUGAUGCCAAACCCGCUCCACCGUCGAAUCCUUUCAGUUUUGGCAACGCCAACAACAACAACAGCAGCAGCGCUCCAGCGGAUAAACCCGCUGCACCAUCCAAUCCGUUCAGCCUCGGCGGCGGUGGUGGAGGCGCAGUGGCUGGAAAGCCUGCAGCACCGUCGAAUCCUUUCAGUUUUGGCAACGCUAACAACAACAACAGCAGCAGCGCUCCAGCGGAUAAACCCGCUGCACCAUCCAAUCCGUUCAGUUUUGGCGGCGGUGGUGGAAGCGCAGUGGCUGGAAAGCCUGUAGCACCGUCGAAUCCAUUCACCUUUGGGAGCAGUGGUGGCGCUUUUGCGUCUAAGAGUGUUUUCGGUUCAUCUGGUGGGGAUAGAGCAUCUACGAAUCCAUUUGGUAAAUAG